AUGCUACCAUCCAAGCUACAUAUCCACAACUCAAGCAGUUUGAGAAAUUUCAAGAACAAAUUCUUAUUAGAAAAGCUCUUGAAAAUUGCAGAAAGAGAUGUUGGUGCUGAUGCCAAAGAUAUGAAUGCUGAGACAAUCUUACGGGAAAAGGAGAUUGAAGCUCUGUUCAGUUCUGAAUCUUCCAAAUCUUUCGUGGCACCAUCAGCCGCUGCCAUGGCAGAAAUGGUGCAGAUGGAAAACUUUCUGGACAACAAGGAAUAUCAACCACUGGAUUACAUCAGUGAUUGUAAAUUCUUCGGGUUCGAUCCUGAGCAUCCUCGCUUUCCUGGUAUGAACCUAACUUUCCAGUUUAAAAGCUGGCAAGUAACCGGGAUGAGACGUAUGAUUACGAUCUUUAAAAAUCCGAUUGUGCGGGCUUGCUUAUUAGCCGACGCCACGGGCUUAGGCAAGACGAUAGAAAUCAUUGGGUUCUGGAUCUGGAUACAAAUUCAACGUUGUCAGGCUGUUACUCUUUAUGAAGAAGAGCUGGAAGACUACAACACUGAAAAAUUACGUUAUGAAUCCUGGAGCACACUAUCGAGCAGCCGGCGUCGCCUUAUACAUAACCGACGUGGUAACAUUGCUGAUGAUAUCGAUAUCAACCAGAAUCCUUACCCAGAGCCAGAUCUCCCCCUUCCUCCUCCUCCAGCAAAGCCGCUCUUAUUGAUCGUAUUGCCAGAGUUGAUCGAGCAAUGGGCUGCGGAGAUCGACGAAAAUUAUCCAGACUUUCAGAGGGUAGUGUCGAAGUUGACGAAGGGGAAGUUGACGCGGAAUCAUCCAAAUUUCAACGGAGAUGAAGAAAAUUCUCGAGUUAUCGUUAUCACAUCAGUGGUAACAAUGCGCUCAAGACACGGACCGACAGCUCUCAAAAACUAUCGGAUGCAUCACCUCGGAUACACGCGACAAGAAGCCGAUGAUGAAAUCAACGUGAGCGAUCCUGACUGGAAGUACAAUCUUGCAGGCUUAUUCGACCACAUCGCUGUGGAUGAGGCUCACAUUCUCAAGAACAGUGAUACCAUGGCUCACAGAACCAUCAGUUGGUUGGAGGCGAAGUUCACAAUCAUGGCGACGGCUACUGUACUUUCCAAUCGUCUUGAAGACUUCCAUGGCUAUAUGAGCCUGAUCGAGACGGGAGAGGCGCACUGUUCAGAUGAAAACCUUGAAAGAUGGGGUGUCGAUAUAAACGUCAAUCCUUACACAUUACCUGACAAUCAUCCAGCUAGCAUUCUCCGUUUUACCACCGAUGUUAUUGAUAAAAGGAUCACUAGAGAAAACAAGGACUUGGAAUUUGCAGGCUAG